AUGCAACAAUUUGAAUUGUUUGACCCGCCUUCAGAUGCUAUAUCGUCAGUUGUAUUUAGCCCCACUAGCCCAAUUCAUCUUUUGGUGUCUUCAUGGGACAAAACCAUUAAAUUAUAUAAUGUUGAAGAAAACUCGCUUCGAGGCUCAUAUAAUCAUGACGCACCAGUUCUUGACUGUUGUAUGUCCGAUGAAACUCAUGUGUAUAGUGGUGGCUUAGAUAAUUGUAUAAAAAGUUUCGAUAUUAAUACGCAUACCGGAUUUAUUGUGGGAUCACAUGAAAAUGCUGUUAAAUGCGUAGAAUAUAGUAUUGACAAUAAUUUGAUCAUAUCUGGUUCAUGGGAUCAAACAGUUCGGACAUGGGACGUUCGUGAAAAAGACUCACAAACUGGAGUAUAUAAAAUGGACAAUGGAGGCAAAGUUUUUGCGAUAUCUUUGGUAUCUUAUAGAUUAGUAGUCGCUACGGCUGCAAGACAAUUUUAUAUUUAUGACGUAAGAAACAUGUCCGAGGUCCUUCAGAGCAGGGAAAGUAGCUUAAAGUUUAUGACUAGGUGCGUUAAAUGCAUGCCUAAUAAAGAAGGCUACGCGUGUAGUUCUAUCGAAGGACGUGUAGCUGUCGAGUUUUUUGAUCCAUCUCCUGAAGUACAAGCGCGUAAAUACGCCUUCAAAUGUCAUCGAAAGAUGAUUGAUGGUAUUGAUACGGUUUAUCCUGUUAAUGCUCUUGCUUUCCAUCCAACGCAUGGCACUUUUGCCUCCGGAGGUGCUGAUGGUGUCGUGAAUAUUUGGGAUGGAGUCAAUAAAAAGCGUCUUCGACAGUAUCCACAAUACCCAACCAGCAUUGCCAGUUUGGAUUUUAAUAAGGAUGGUCAAUAUUUGGCAAUCGCGAGUAGUUACACAUUUGAAGAGGGUGAGAAGGAUCAUCCACCGGAUUCUGUUUUUAUAAGGCACAUUAGUGAGAAUGAAUGUAAACCAAGACAUUUGGCUCCACCUCCUUAA